AUGGCUGCAGCUUCUCUUCUUCAUCGUUUGCGCGAUGUUUUUGGUGAUGUUCGUCCAUCAAUCGCAAUCGCGGGGCUGCUUGUAGUCUUCGUGACACUCUGGUCUGCCCUCUCAACAUUGCGACAGUACAACCGCCUCCGCGAAUUUAAAGGCCCUCGCCUAGCAGCCCUCUCAAAAUGGUGGCUAAUCAAGAAAGUCGGCGGUGGAAGAGCAUACCUCGACUUUUGGGAGGUCACUAAACAAUACGGCUCAAUUGCCCGAGUCGGACCCAACGAUCUUCUCACCGACGACCCAGAACUAAUGCGCCACAUCCUCAACGUACGAACCGAGUAUCGGCGAUCAGAUUGGUACGACGGCAUGCGCUUCGAUCCAGGAAACAACAACAUUCUCUCGUGGCGCGACGAAGACGAGCAUUUUAAGCUGCGCUCUAAAAUGUCCGCUGGCUACGGCGGUCGCGAAGUGGAGAACCUCGAACCAAAGAUUGAUAAGAACAUACUCUCCUUCAUGAAUCUCCUGGGACAAUACGCAGAUGAGAAAAAACCCGUUGAUUUUGGGCGGCGCGCUCAGUUUUUUACACUAGAUGUCAUUUCGGACCUGGCGUUUGGUGAACCGUUUGGGUUUCUGGAGACGGAUUCGGACGUGUACAAGUAUAUCCAGAUCACGGAGGAGACGCUACCAGCUGUAAUGGUCACAACGGUAAUUCCGUGGCUGGUUAAGGUACUGAGUUCGCCGCUAUUCAAAAGUCUUCUGCCGUCGGAGAAGGAUAGGCUUGGGUUUGGAAAGUUGAUGGGAAUUGCGAAACGGGUUACGGCUGAGCGAUUUGGGCCGGAUAAGAAGGUUCAGAAAGAUAUGCUUGGGUCUUUUGUCGCUCAUGGUCUUACGCAGAAAGAAGCAGAGUCUGAGAUCUUGUUGCAGAUUGUCGCGGGCUCAGAUACAACAGCUACAGCCAUUCGCUCGACCAUGCUUCACAUCAUAACCAACCCCCUCGUAUACUCCAAACUCCGCGCUGAAAUCACCGACACAACAUUCUCAGAACCUAUUAUUCCCGACUCAAUCGGUCGAGAUCUUCCAUACCUCCAAGCCGUCAUAAAAGAAGGUCUUCGCAUCUUCCCCCCCGUCGCAGGUCUUAUGUCCAAACAAGUCCCUCCGCAAGGCGACACCUGGAAAGGAAAAUUCAUCCCUGGUGGUACUAAAAUCGGAUACUGCGCCUGGGGAAUUUUCCGCCGUGAGGAUAUCUGGGGUUCAGAUGCAGGAGAGUUUCGACCGGAGAGAUGGUUGGAGAGUAAGGGUGAGAAGUUGAGGGAGAUGGAGAAUGCGCUGGAGUUGAUCUUUAGUUAUGGACGGUGGCAGUGUUUGGGGAGACCUGUUGCUUUGAUGGAGUUGAACAAGGUCUAUGUUGAGUUGCUGAGACGGUUUGACUUUGCGAUUUGUGAUCCUACGAAGCCCUGGACUGUGUUUAACUGUGGUAUUUUCUCGCAGUCUGAGCUCAUGGUUCGCGUUCAUCGCAGAGACUGAAU